AUGGACUGCGCCAACUUGUGCUUCCGCCCGGAUCCGCCGCCUCCAGGAGAUCAUGGGCACACUCUUUUGGAGACAAUUCUCGUUCUAGUGUGGAAGAACUUCAUCGUACUCUCUAAGCACCCUUGGCUCAAUCUUUAUGACGGAUCCCUACCUCUUGUAUGGGUUGACGGCACCAACGCCACCGGUACACCGUCUGCGGAAACGAUCAUGAAGAACGUCAUGCUCCCGUUCAACUCCAAGCAACGUGCCAAUGUGAAACGGGUAGCAAGCCCCGACCUAGUCUCGUCGAUGUGCCCGGAAAACUUCAUUGGUCUCUCACAAUGCUACGCGGUCGUUGUGUUCAACAACCUUCCCACUGUAGGCGACCCUCAAAGCGUACAGCAGCAGUUCAACUACACCCUCCGUGCCGACAGCGGGCUCGUCUUCAUUGACGUAGCUAAGCACACGAGCAGCUUCGAGGAGCGCGUGAUGCCACUUCAGUGGGCGGUUGAUAGCGCAUAUAUCGAGCUCGCCCUCGAAUGGCCCUUCACACGUGAGGACAACACCGAGCAGUACACCGCCAUUCGCCUGAGCUACCUUCGCGGAACGCGCAUGAUUCUUGUCGUCGCCCACUUCAUUGCAUUCGUCGGGAUCGCGUACCAACUACCCGGGGCAUUCGCCGGAGAGCGGGCGAACCUCCUGACGAGCCACAUGAAGGCGAUGGGGCUCAUGGAUUCUGCUCGCAUCACUUCCUGGCAUUUCAGCAUGUCGCUCGUGAACCUCCCCGGAUGGAUAGCUGUCGCGGUCAUAUGGCGCUUCCGCAUCUUCACAGCGACGAACGUCGGCAUCACAAUCCUCAUCCACGUCCUCCUAGGUCUCGUGCUUGCGAGCUGGUCCUUCUUCAUUGCGGCACCGUUUGGGAAGAGCCCGCAGCUCGCUGCGAUCGUGUCUGCCGUCGUCGCGUGCAUCCUUGCCAUCGUCACACUUGUCAUCGGGAACGUGAGCAACGUCGUCGCGGUCGUCCUCACCCUGGUCUUUCCUCCUGGGUUCUAUAUCUUCGCCAUUCGCGCCGUGGUCGGCUUCGAGCUGCACCAGGUCGGUGCGAACUUGGUGAAAGGUGAUCCGGACAACAAUGUGAUGCUGCUUCCGGUCAUCAUCGCCGCGAUUGCCGACAUUCUCAUCUGGCCAUGCCUUGCAGUGAUGCUGGAGCGCUGGAUGUACGACGCGAAGAACCCAACGAAGCCAUGCUGGGGAAAGCUCACCUCGGCCGAGGAGAGAGCACCGUUGAUGCCGCCGGAUGUAGCCAUCUCCAUUAAGCAUCUGGGCAAGGACUUCAAGACGUCUAGUUUCAUGAGGCGCAAGAACGUCGUCACUGCUGUGGAGGACCUCAGUCUGGACAUUCCCAAGACGGGAAUCUUUGUGCUGCUCGGAUCCAACGGAGCGGGCAAGUCCACAACGAUGUCAAUUCUUGCGGGCCUCCUCGGCCGUACCCGUGGAAGUAUCACUUUCGAGGGCGGCGUCGAACGACCGCCCCUUGGCACCAUCGGACUUGUACCGCAGAAGAACGUGUUGUUCCCGGAAUUGACGUGCUACCAGACGCUACGAGUGUGGAAGGCCAUCAAACCGCCCAGAGAUGGCGCGCUAGACGAGGAUAUCGAGCAGCUACUGCGCGACUGUGACCUUGACAAGAAGAUCCACUACAAUGCCAGUGCGUUGAGUGGCGGGCAGAAGCGCAAAUUGCAGUUGGCGAUUGGAAUGGUCGGGGGUUCUCAGAUCCUGUUGGUCGAUGAGUGUACUUCUGGGGUGGACCCGCUCUCUCGACGCGCUCUGUGGAAGAUCUUGUCUUCUGUCCGACACGAAAGGACAGUCGUCUUCACGACUCAUUUUCUCGACGAAGCGGAUCUGCUCGGUGACACUAUUGCGGUACUUGCCGCCCCAGGGAAAUUAGUCGCCCAAGGUACACCAGUUGCGCUGAAGUCGCGCCAUGGCGACGGCUACAGUGUGCAGGUGUCCUUCGACACGGAGCAGCCGCUAGAGAAGCCUUCUUCUGACGCAUCACAGCUGCUGGAUGUCAUCAGGCCCUUCGCCCCUACCUGUUACGCUAUAUCGUCGGGACUUACGGAAGUCAGUUACGUCCUCCAGACCAAGGAUCCUUGGGUCGUCCACAAGAUUCUGGAAGUCAUCCAGCAGGAGCAUGACGACGGAAGACUGCAGUCAUACUCCGUGACGAACACGUCUAUGGAAGAUGUCUUUUUAACGCUGAUGAACGCUGAUCAAAGACUCUCAUCGGACAUGCAUCCCAAAUCGCUGGAUGGGUCAAUGUUCUCGACGCCGGACAGCACUCUGAAAUCAAGCAGAGGCCUCUCAGAGAACGCGUAUCUUCGCUCGUCCACGUCCAGCAGCGUAACCUUGCCGGUCCUCUCGUAUGAGAAAGCUCCCGAACUCGAUCUGACGAAUGGUCGGCGGAAGUCAGUAUUCGGCCAGGCGUUGACGGUCUUCUACAAGCGUUGCCUCAUCGCGCGGCGCAGCUGGCUGUCCCCGGCUUCAUAUUCUUCUCCGCUCUACCUUCCGCAGUACCAACCUGUCUUCCCCUUGUCGCCUGCGAUCCCAGGAGCUCAAAUCCUCCAGUAUCCCCCCGGCCUCAUCGAGACGCUCGGACCUUCCUUCUCGAACAUCCCGGUGCAUCCCUUCAAUGACAAUGCGAGCUUCGUCGACUACGUCAAUCAGAACUCUCGCAAUCUCUCCAUGGGCGGCGUGUCCAUCGACUAUGACACGGGCGCCACACUUGUCGCCUGGGAGGCUACACCCCCAGGAUCGACAGGACUGAGCCUGCUGAAUUUGGCGUCGAACCUGCUGUACAAUCACGCGCUCAACGAGACGAACCAUGUCGCGACGCGCGUGAUCAAUGCUAAUUCGAGAAGCUGGUGGGGCUUAACUCCGGGAUCCUGCGCUUCAUUCUUCGGACUGUAUGUUUCGAAGGAGCGACGCUCUGCGGUACAGGCUAUGCAGUUCUCCAACGGCUUGUCAAAUCCCGCUGGUCUCUGGCUUGGACAUCUUCUAUUUGAUUCAAUAUUCGCCCUAUUUAUCGCGACCCUUAUCAUUGUUAUAUAUGCUGGCGCUUCCAAGGAGUUCGCCGCCCUACCCUUCCUCUGGCUCGUCUUGGUGCUGUACGGCGUCGCCGGUGCAUUAUUCUCGUACUGCAUCUCAUUGGCUGUCCCUUCACCUCUCGCGGCUUUCGCAGCCUCUGCCGGCUACCAAGCUGUCAUGUUUUUGCUCUACCUCGCCGGUUUCCUUCUUACUGCAACCUAUGCUGACGUGACCUCCGAGAGUCGUGAUUUGACAUACAUUCACUUCUUCGUGGCCAUCUUAUCUCCCAUUGCCAACGCAGUGCACGCUGCAUUUGUUUCCCUAAACCUGUUCUCCCUGCUCUGCACAGACUCCCCAGCCACCGCGGCCUCCGAAGCCAUGCCCUCCCGAUUCGGCGGCCCAAUCAUCUAUCUAGUCGUCUACAUCUUCGUGCUGUUUGGUAUCCUUGUCUGGGUUGACUCCGGGGCAGUUCUUCCCCGCAAGAAGACAGCCAAGGCGGCGACGUCCGCGAUCGUGCGGCGGCUCAGUCGGAAAUCGUGGCAGGCGGGCAACAAGCGCGACGUGUACGAGGAGGCGAUGAAAGUCGCGACGUCCGACGACACGCUCCGGGUGCUUAAUGUCGUCAAGGCAUAUGGAAGUCCGGACAACCGGGUCGUGGACAAUGCGAGCUUCGGGGUGUCGCAAAAUACGGUGUUGGCCCUCCUCGGUCCCAAUGGCGCUGGGAAGACGACGACGUUCAAUAUGAUCCGUGGCGAUGUAGCCCCCGACUCCGGCGACGUGCUCAUCAACGGCAUCUCCAUAGUCAAGAACCCGCGAACGGCCCGCCUCGCUCUCGGCGUCUGCCCCCAGUUCACCGCGAUCGACUCCGAACUCACAGUCCGAGAACACCUGGUCGUCUAUGGUCGUCUGAAGGGGCUCAAGCCCGGCUGGGAGCUCGAGCGCAACGUCGAAGCGCUAUUGCACGGGACAUCGCUGCAUCAGUACGCGGACAGGUUGGCUGCGAGCCUAUCGGGCGGAAACCAGCGCAAAUUGGCUCUGGCCAUUGCGCUGAUGGGUAACCCGGCGGUGGUGCUCAUUGAUGAGUUCUCGUCUGGCGUGGACGCGAAGAUGAAGCGGGAUAUGUGGGAAACCCUCAGGAGUGUUGCAGGCGGGAAGGCGAUCGUGAUCACCACACACUCUAUGGAGGAAGCAUCUGCGUUAGCGACCAAAGUCGGCAUCAUGGCGAAGAAGAUAUUGGCUGUUGGGACCACAGAGACUCUGGCCGAGCGCUAUGCUACGUACGAAGUCCACUUCUCAUGUCGGACACGAGAAGAGAUCGUCAAAGCACGAAUGCUCAUGUCACAACUACCUGGCGCGCGUAUGGCCGACGAUGUGGCGACGCGCUUCGAGGUGCCAGUAGGCGAAGAGAUGUCGCUCGCGCGACUGUUUGGUGUGCUCUCCUCACAAGAUGAGCUCACUGAGUUCUCCAUCGAGAAGGCGGGCUUGGAGAGCGUCUUCUUGAAGGUCAUUCGGGAAAAUGCUGUACAGGAAGAGGACUCACGGACAAGCAAGAGACAAUGGUGGAGAAUAUGCUAGCAUCUGUUUAUACUCAUGAACUUGCUUUGUUAUCGCUGUUUUGGACUCUCACCCACGCACGCUCUCUACGUUGGAUGUGGAUGCUGUCUUAGCUUUACUUGUAGAAUAAUCUCUGUGCAUACUUUUUCCAUGGUAAUUAGAGCUCUUGUACGUAUUACAAUCAUUCAUUGCAUCCACGAUCCGCCAAAGCUGA